AUGACCCAACUAACCCUCUACCCCCUCGCAACCCUCGCAUCCACUGCCUCCUACGCAUCCGCCCUCUGCGAUUUCUCAACCCAGAUCCUGACCAUUGACCUCUUACCCAACCGCAUGAGCAUUGAUGCCCUUGCAAACGCCUUUCGCCUCCCCUUUGAUGCCUUGAUUCGGUUCCUGAGCGUUGAUACGCGAGUAUACAAUGAUAUUGCGGCGAUCGAAUCGACAGUGAAUCCGUAUGCGGCGCUUUUGGGAAAUGUGUUGGCGUUUGGGCAGCAGAGGAUUGGCAUGUUGGGGCCAGAGGAUUUGGCGUCGUAUGUUUGCGUGCUCCAAACACUGAUUCAGCACCUCCCGAACCGAUUUUUCCAUUCCAUGCAAGGUGCAGCCCAAUCUGACCUCGACGAUGAUAAUGACGAUGACGACGAUUAUAACGAGACAAAACCGUCUAUUCCCAUCGACCCCCGUCUCAAAAAGUACCUUGAGAUCCUCCUCAUUCCAACUCAUUUGGACCCCAUCCUUCGAUCCAUCGACUCUACUUUACAACCCGUAUGCCAGUUCCUGGUAUCUCUCAUGAUCGCGUGGCCUGCCAAAAAAACAGAUUUGGCGACGAGUUUACUCUCUCGGCCUCGGAUACGUAUUUUGGAUGUGUUAUGGACGGGUAUAAAGUCGAGCGACUUGUGGCAGUUGUUGGUUAUGAAUGGACGGAAAGGGCUGGCGGGUCUUGAUGAUGCAAAAUAUCGAGCGAUUGGGCUGUCAUGA